AUGAGUGCUCAGGCUUAUUACGAGUUGUAUCGCGGGAGCAGUCUCGGUCUCUCCCUUACCGAUACGCUCGAUGACCUGAUCAACGAGGGCCGCAUCGAACCUCAACUGGCGAUGAAAAUCCUCUCUACCUUCGAUCGCAUCAUUACCGAGGUUCUUGCCGACAAAGUGCGCGCAAGACUUACAUUUAAGGGCCAUCUUGAUACCUACCGAUUCUGCGACGAAGUGUGGACCUUCCUUAUUAAAGAUGUCAAUUUCAAACUGGACAACCAGACACAGGUGCAGGCGGACAAGGUCAAGAUCGUGAGCUGCGCAGUCAUCGCGAUGCCACGAACUCUGCCGUGGCUCACAGGGUCCAGCGGAGGGGCGAAAGACACCACGCCGCGACGACGACCGGUGAAACGAGAACGAGACAUCAAGAAAGAUGAUGAGGACGAGACGACUCCCAAAGCAAAGCUAAAGCUGAGCUCUUCUGAAGUCGGCAAGCGUUACUUCUUCAGAUCUUCUCCCACCCCUCCGUCGUCUCCUAUCCACCGUUGUCCAUCAGAAGAAUUCCUAAUCGAAGGCCUCGAUAACGAUGACAUCUACAUGAUGGUCGAAGAUGAAUUCUACGCCGUCGCGCAAACCUUCACGCAGCACCUUCACUACGCUGAAUACGUCCGACGGAAGAAAGAGGCAAAACUGCAGAAUGCAGCCGCUAUCCAAGACCUCGCCCGGCCCACGGACGGAGUGACCCCGAUGAGCGAAGAGACGAAGCGACAGCGCGAGGCCGAUGCGCUCUCCACGCGGCAAAAAGAUGGUCUGGGGCAGAUCCAGAGUGGGCGACCGGCGGUGGACUCCGACGAGAGUGAUGACGUCGAGGAGGAUGUCGCUCUGGAUGACACGUUCGCGGGGACGUCGUUACAUGAUCUGUUGAUGAGCCCGAGGAAGGCGAAAUCGUUGGUGGGGAUGCAGGGGGUCAAGUCGGCGACCCGCGCGGCGGCUGGGUUCUCGGAAUCUUCAGAUACUCGGCGGGAUUCUACAGAGAGGGAUAAUGGCAGAGAUGGGAAUCAUGACGUGGAAGAGACUGCAUCGGAAGACGACGAUCUAGACGCCCAAGCUCGAACACCUACGAUGACGGCACCACAUCGGAGGACUCAGGUUAUCAGUUCGGAUUCAUAUCUGUCAAAUCAAAGGAGCAGUCCGCUUUCCUCUCGCUCCGACCAAGAUCGUGCAGCGAAAGGGGUGCGUCCUGUGGAGACGAAGUCUAAAUACAAGGCACCACCCGCGCUUCAAUCCAGGAAGAGGAGGCUUUUCGACGAUUUUGAUGAGCUUCCAGAGCUACAUACAUCAUACACACAGACAAAAGGCGGAUCUACAUCGUCUAUAAAUAAAACCCAACAGAAAAUCCAAAACGAUAACAAUCUGGAGUCGAAAAAGAAAUCGCGUCUCAACGAAGUCCCGACAUUCUUGCUUUGA